AUGAUAACAAAUCUAUCAACAAAUUCUCAUACAAAACCUCAACAACAACAACAACAACAAAUUUUUAAAUAUUCACCACCAAAACCACAAAUAAAUGAACAACAACCAAUAAAAAGAUUUAAUUUUGUAAAGGGAGCACCUGAAAUUAUACUCUUUUGUGGACCAAGUUCAUGUGGUAAAACAUUUUAUUAUCAAUCAAUUUAUAAAGAUACACAUCAAAGAAUAUCAGCACAAGACUUAUUUCAUCAAAAUAGUGAUAUUAUAACAGAUAAUGAUAAUAGUAAUAACAACAAUAAUAACAAUAACAAUAAUAGUUUAAUAUCAUUUAAAAAAGUUAUAAGUUUAGUAUUGAAAGCAUUAAAAGAAGGUAAAAAUGUUGUUGUUGAUGAUACAAAUCAUUUACCAACAGUAAGAAGUAGUUAUCUUGGUGCAAUUUCAAGUUCACAAAUUGCAAUUUCAUCAAUCAUUUUAUUAAAUUUUGAACCAAGUGGUGGUGAAUUACAAUUAAAGUGGAGUAGUGUUUGGUAUGAUUGUGAAUUUUCAUCUUCUGACUCCUCUUCUACUUUACAAAAAAUACCAAAGAUUGAUUUAGAUACAUUUAAAUUGGAAUUUAAACAACCAUUCAGUCAUGAUGGUUAUACAUAUGUUAAAAAUAUUACAACUCCUCUAACCUAUAAUUCAAGGUAUCAAUUAAUAGAAAAGAAAUUUAAAAAUAUAGCAUUAUUCAUUGACGCAAGAUCAAUAUUUGAAUUUGAAAAAAUAUCACAAUUCAAUCAAAAUUCAGUACUCCCAUCAUAUAGAAUUAAAUUAAAAGAAAAUGAAAAUGAUGAAUUUUAUAUUUCAAUUAAGGAUUGGUUUGAUAAUAGUGGUGGUGAUAAUAAUAAUAAUAAUAAUAAUAAUAAUAAUAAUAAUAAUAAUAAUAAUAAUAAUAAUAAUAAUAAGAAUAAUAGUAAUAAUAAUAAGAACAAUAAUAAUAAUAGUAAAAGAAUUAUAAUAUUAAUUGAUGAAGUUUCAUUAUAUCCACUAAGUUGUUUAGAGAAUGAUAAUGUAUCAAUAUUAAAUCAAUAUAGGGAUACAAUUAAAUUAUUAAUUUCAAAUUUAUCAAAUCAAGUUAAAGCACCAAUUUAUUAUUUUAGUUGUCCUUAUAAUAUACCAGAAUCAGAUUUUUAUAGAUUUCCAAAUGAUUAUGGUUUAAUUGCAUGGGCUCAUUAUCGUCAUAAAAUUUCAUUAUUAUCUUCAAUUUUCAUCAUUGAUGAUUCUGAUAUUAAAACUAUUUCAACCUUACCUUUUAAUAUUUGUUUAGCUUCAAAAUUCUUUCAAAAUAGUAAAAGUUGGAAAUCUGAAAGUAAAAUAAAUAAUAAUUUAAUUGAAAAUUCAUUAAUGAUGCCAUCAUUUUUAGAGAAUAUUAAAUUUAUAGAUUACUGUGGUGGUAAUAAUGAUAGUAAUAAUAGUUUUGAUAUUGAAAAAGGUAUACCAUUAUUUUCAAAAUUUAGACAAAUGUCAUUAUCAAAUUUACAACCACAGAUUUUAUUAUUACCACAAAAAGAACAAGAAUUAUCAGUAACUGAAGAAAGCUUAGAAUUUGGUAAAGUUCAUGGUGUAUUCUUUCCAAUUAAAAAAGAUGAUAUUGAAGAAGAGGGUGACGAUGAUGACUUUGAGUUUGAUAUUGAUUAUGAUAAUAUCGAUUGUAAAGCAUUAGUAGUUGUACAACAAAAAGAUAUUUUUGACGAUGAAUAUCCUGAAGAUAUUGAUACUGAUACUGCAACAACCACCACUAAUACCACCACCAACACAUCAUCAACUGUAAAAGAAAAAAUAAAAAUUAAUUUCGAUGAAAAGGGAUCAAUUGAUUGGGUAACAAAUUUACAAUUGAAAAAUAUGGGAUUUGAUGAUUCAAGUAUUAGAAGAGGUUAUGAUUAUUAUCAAGAAGAAAAUAGAAUAUCACAUUUUGAAAUCAAAGUUAUAGAUUCACCACAAUCAAUUAAUGUUGAAUCAUAUAUUAAUGGUACUGGUACUCAACCUUAUUUUGUUACAAUUAGAUAUCGUAUAAGACAACCUCAAUCACAAUCACAACCUCAACCUCAACAAUCAAAUGCUCUUAUACCUUAUAACAAUAAUAAUAAUAAUAAUAAUAAUAAUAAUAAUAAUAAUAAUAUGGUAUCACCAAUUUUAGGAACCUCAUGUAAUUGUAUAUCUGGUACAAGAACAUAUGGCAAAUGUAAACAUAUUGUUACAUUGGUAAAUCAUUGUAAUCAAUACUAUGCAAUAUCACCUGAUUUUUCGCCACCUUCUUCAAUCUCUUCAAUUUCUUCACCAAACUCUUCACCAAAAAGUGCAAAUGUAUCACCAAAUCAAUCAACCUCAAAUUUAAAUGUAAAUAACAAUAAUGUUAGAACACCAACUCGAAAAUUACCAAGUUGGUGGUCAUCAGAACCUUCACCAGAUAAAUUUAAAACUUCACCUAAUAAGAGAACCUCAACUUUAUAUUUCUCUGAGAAUAAACAACCAAGAAAAAUUAAACAAGAAUUAAUUUUUGCUUCACCAAAUUCAUUCCCUCCAACUACUAAUAAUAAUAAUAAUAAUAAUAAUAAUAAUAAUAAUAAUAAUAAUAAUAUUAAUAAUAAUAAUAAUAAUAAUAAUAAUAAUAAUAAUAAUAAUAAUAAUAAUAAUAAUAAUUAUAAUAAUAAUAAUACUAAUAACAGUGGAAGUAAAAGUAAUAGUAGUAGUACAAAUAACAGUAAUAAUAGUAGUAAAAAUAAUAGCCCAAUUAAAAACAAUAAUUUAUUUAAUCAAUUCCAAAAUAAUCUUCAACCAAUCCAACAACAACCAAUUAUACCAAUUCAACAACCAAUUUUACAAUUCCAACAACCAAUUCAACAGCAACAAUCAAAUCAACAACCAACUAAUCAACCAACUAAUCAACCAACUAAUCAACCAACUAAUCAACCAACUCACCAACAAAAUUUACAAAGACAAUUAUCAGCUCAAUUUGAUAUUUACAUUGAUUUUGAAAAUGAAGAGAGAAAAUUACAACUUGAAAAAAGUAAAAAGGAAACUAACCAAUAUAUUGAAAAUUUAUUCCAACAACAAAAAAUAAAACAACAACAAAAAAAAAUUCAAACCGAUUCGAAUAAUAAUAAUAAUAAUAAUAAUAAUAAUAAUAAUAAUAAUAAUAAUAAUAAUAAUAAUAAUAAUAAUAAUAAAAAUAAUAAUAAUAUAGAGGAUAAUGAUGAUAUUGAAGAUUUCUUUUUACCAAGAACAAAUUCAGAAGAUGAACUAUUAAAAUAUGUUGAAGAUUCAACCUCUUCAUUUUCUUCUUCAUUCUCUUCCUCAAGUAGUGGUAAUAAAUCAAAUUCUUCAAAAAAUAAUAAUAAUAAUAAUAAUAAUAAUAAUCAAAAUCUACCAAGUACUCAACAUAUAAGAAAAGAAUUAAAUUUAAAAAAACAUUUUAAUUCUCAAGAUUAA